AUGUUGCAACAGGGUGGGAGAGGGCAGCAGCACGGUCUAGUCGUUAUUGCAUCCGAAAGGACGCUAGGUGGGACGGUCAGUUACGAUCGAAUGUAUUCAAGACGCAACCUCGACAAGAUGAUUGUCGUGGCUGCAUUGUGCAAAGACUGUGCGGUGUCUCUUUCAUAUGAGAUGUCCGUCAUGAAAACGAAUCGUGUGAAAGCGACUAAAAAACGAUCCAGCAGAAGUGCUCAAGUACUCAAGCAAAAGCCAGCGAGUCGUCGUUGCGCCGACACGAAUGCUUCAACAAUCAGCUCUCAACAUUCAGCUCGUGAAACAACCUCCAGAAAACAAACGCUUCCUUUAAGCGGUGAAGAGAACGCUGAAUUAGAGGCUCUUGCGAGGUUGUUACCGCUGCCUUAUCGAUUGUUGAAUAAUGAUCCGUAUUUGGUGCUGAAAACAGCGAUCAGUUACAUUGAUCAACUGAAAGCCACUGUCAUUGCACGGGUACGGAGCGGAUCGUUACCACAGGAAGCACUCACAAAGGUAUUUCAACCGCAAGAACCAAUUCCCAAAAAUCAGCAACAAGUCGACUCAACAUGUCAGCAGACUGAGAGGCCGUAUCAGUGA